GAGUGUCCGCCCUCUCUACUGAUAUAUUAAAUGCUCUCUGCUCUCUCUGCCUCCUCAGCUUCGCAGACCAACAACACAGAGAUCUAAUAUGGUGCUCCUUCCUCAACUUCUGUGAAGCUGUUAACAUGGCAGGGAACACCUCCUCCAAAUAUGACAACGUCACCUGCAAAGUUCUGAUCCAAUCAGGAUCUCCUGCUGUCUACCAGCUGAUACCAAAGAGGAAGAUCAUUGGAACUCUGAUAAUAAACAAAGAGAACAUUAGAACUGUGACAAGAAUGACUCUUGGAAAAAAAAAUCCAAACAAGAGAAACAAAACCAUCUUACUUGUUGGUGAAACAGGAACAGGAAAAUCUACUCUGAUCAACGCUCUGGUCAACUACGCCAUGGGAGUGGAGUGGGAGGAUGAUGUCUGGUUUAAGAUCGUAGAAGAGGAGAAGAGAAGUCAAUCAGAAAGUCAGACAUCAGAUGUGAUCGUGUACCAGAUCUUUGGUUUUGAAGGUAAACCUCUGCCCUACUCUCUGACCAUCAUCGAUACUCCUGGAUACGGAGACACCAGAGGGAUCGAACAGGAUGCCAUCGUCAGUCAAUGUUUAUUAAAGUUGUUCCACUCAGAAGAUGGAGUUCAUGAGAUUAAUGCAGUGGGUCUGGUGAUGAAGGCGAGUGAGAAUCGACUGACUGACCGACUGAAGUACAUCUUAGAUUCAGUGAUCUCUCUGUUUGGAAAAGACAUAGAGAAGAACAUUGUUGCUCUCAUCACACACUCAGAUGGAAGAACACCUAAAAAUCCUCUACAAGCUCUUGAGGCUGCGAAGAUUAAAUGUGCCAAAAAUGAGAAGAAUCAGCCUGUUCACUUCCUGUUUAAUAAUUGCCAGGAUGAAGACAGGACAGAGGGCAUAAAAGCCCUUAAACAUGCACAUGAAAUAACAAUAGAAGGAAUUAAUCAGUUCACAAAGUUCCUUGAAAAAACUGCACCUCAAAAGAUGCAGAAAACCGUGGACGUCCUGAACGAGCGAAACCAACUGACAAUCUGCAUCCAAAACCUGCAAGACAGAAUUAGGUCUAUAGAACUGAAACAGAGCAUUGAAAAGGAGAAUCAGACACUCCUGAAGAAACAUGAACAAGACAUAAAGGAUAAUAAGGAGUACAAAAUAAAUCAAAAGAGCGUCAUCAAAGUUAAAGAACCAAUUGACGGUGGAGGGAGCUGGUGGGCGUUGGGGUUAAAUAAAAAUGGAGCUCUCUGCUGUACAACAUGUGAGAAGACCUGUCACUAUCCAUGCAAAUUGGUCCGUCAGGCAAUACUCUGUGAGAUGAUAGACUUCAACGACACAUGCAAGUCCUGUGGGUGUCAUUAUUCAUGUCAUGUGAAAGAGACCUGGAGGUAUGUGGAGGAGGAAAUCACCAGCAAGGUGACUGUAAAAGCUAUGAAAGAGAAGUAUGAAAAGGGUCGAGCAGGCUUUGAUAAGGUAAAAAGCCUUUUGGAAACUAUUGAGAAGGAAAUAGACAAACUUCAGAAGGAAAAAGAUCAGUUGUUGGAGGAAUCCUUUCAGCAUGUUAUCAAACUGAAGCAGAUUGCCCUGAAGGUUGAUGCAGUGUCCACUCGUGACCACUUGGACUUCCUGAUUGAGAGGAUGAAGGACACAGUGAAGAAGAGGAAACUGGAAGAGAUGAAAAGUCGAGCUGAUGACAAUGAAGGAACCACAGGAGCUGGUAACGCAAAGAGGCAAAGAACUAGAUGAACUAGAAUCACUGAGAGCAGACAGCUGUGUAGAAAACAAUUGUAGUCUACAAUGAUGAUCAGAUGUGUU